AUGAUUAUUGAAAUAACGACUGCAGUUGAAUUCCUGAUUCGUCUGCUUCAGGGACAGCACCGAUUAAAACAAUUGAAUGAAACACAACUAGCUUCAUUCAAAGACUCUCUGAUUAAGUUGUUGAAAAACAAAUACCAAAGCCACUGGUAUCCAGAGUACCCGAAUAGAGGAUCAGCGUAUCGAUGCAUCAGAAUUAACGGUACCAUGGAUCCAAUUGUGGCACAAGCUUUUAAUGCAACAGGUUGUUCAGCCGAUUCAUUAAGGGCUCUCUUUCCCCAUGAACUUACUGUUUGGAUCGACCCAGAAGAAGUAUCGUACAGAAUAGGAGAAAAUGGAAGCAUUUCUCUACUGUACGGUACAGAAUAUAAAGAAGAGCAAGCAGUUAGUGUUUCAACAGAAGUCGCUCCACCAACACAGUCACCUGCAGUUAUGUGGCAAUUCAACCCCCAGACGGUAUUCUGUUACGCAUAUGCAGCACCUGUUUUAAUAGAAAUGGAUCAACUCCAAUCGCCUUCAAUAUGCUACAGUGACCCAAGACAAAUGGAGCCAUUCAACCUCCAGACGGCACUUCUCCCCCAUGAACUAACUCUUUGGAACCACCAAGAACAUUCAGAAAAAUAUUCAGAAGAAGAUGUAUUCUAUUACUCGUAUACAGCACCUUCGAUCUCAUACAGCGCAGAGCCUAUUCAUGGCAUCUUCAUUGAAUAUUUUUGGUGCUGA